AUGGAGAUAAGAUGCGCCUCUUGCUCAUUAGUCCCUUCUUUUCUCACUCCUCCCUCUCCCUAUUCAUCUUGUUCUUCUUAUUCUCCUCCUCCUCCCCUAUCUCUUUAUAAUAAUUCUUCGUUAACCUUCUCCACCUUCUCUUUAUCCGUUCCAUAUUUCUCUUCCACCUCCCUAAACUCAGUGUACCCCUCCUCUUCAUUCCUCACACUCUUCCUCCUCAGUUGCUCCUCCUUCUUAUUCACCUCCUCCGUCUCUUCAUUAUUCAUUCUUUUUCUUUUUCUUUUUCUUCUUCUUCUUUAUCUCUUCCUAAAUCUCCUUCGUUAUCCUUCCCAUCCACCUCCUCCUCCUUCUCAUUGUUAUUCUUUUUCUCCUUCUUCUAGUAGAAAAAUAUCUACAUUUUUCCUCAUUCAUUCUCCUUAUUCUAAUGCCACCUCCUCUUCCUCAUUGUCUUUCUCUUCCUCCCUUUAUUGGCCUCCCCCCUCCAUCCAUUCUUUUGACUCCUCCUCUUUCUACGCAUCGUUUUUCAAACGAAUUUCUUCAUUCCUCCCCCCCCCCUCAUUUUUGAAAAUCUGGAAUUUCUUCCUUUCGUUCUUCUCCUCCUCCUGUUAUUAUUAUUAUUAUUCCUUCUCAUUCUUCUACCCCCGUCUCUGUAUUCUUUUUCUUUUUCCACCCCCAUCCUCCGUUUCCUCAUUUUUAUCCUUCUUCUUCGCGUCUUCUUCUGUCUCCUCCUCCUUCGUCUUCUUCUUUCUACUUCUUUUUCCGUUUCCUCAUUAUUGUUAUUCUUUUUUGUCGUUUUUUCUCCCACUCCUCCACCCAAUCCUCCUUCUCCUCCUCCUCCUCUUUAAUUUUCUUCGUAUCCUCCAUUUUCUUUCCCUCCUUCCCUUAAAUAUUUCUUUUUAUUCUUUUCCUCCUUCUCCUUCUUUCAUUUUCUUCUUUUUCUCUUUCUUCCUUAAAAUUCAUUUUUUUUUCUUCUUCCUUCAUUUUUUUCUUCUUCUUUCACGCGUUUCUUCUUCUUUUUCUUCUCUUUUAUCUUUCUUCUUUUUCAUCUUCUUCAUCUUCUUCUUCUUCUUCUACGUCUUUUUCUUCUUUCUCUUCUUCUCCCUUCCCAGUGAAUGUUAUAUAAAGGAUUUCUUCUGGAUUUGGUUUGCCGUUUUUCUUCGCUUGUUGUGUCUUUUAAUAUAUCGGUUAACUUUCCGUCCACAUACGGUUUUUUUUCUCUUUUUCUCUCUUUUCUCAACUUUCUCUCUCUCAAUCUCUCUAACUCUUUCAUUCUUUCUCUCUCUCUCAAUCUCUUUCUCUUUCUCUCUCUCUGUUAUCUCUUUCUCUCUAUUUAUCUAUUUUCUUCUUUUUUUUUCUUUAUUUUUCUCUCUUUUCCUUUUUUUCUCUUCUUUUCUUUUCUUUUUUUUUCUUCUCUCUUUUCAUUUUUUUUUUUUUCUUCUUUUCUUUUCAUUUUUCUUUUUUCUCUUUUCUAAAUCCAUUUUUCUCUCUCUCUUUUUUUCUUUCUCUUUUUUUCUCUUUUCUCUUUUUUUUUCUCUCUCUCUCUCUCUCUUUCUCCCUAUUUCUCUUUCUCUCUCCUUUUUUCUUUUGCCUUUCGCUUUUCUCUCUCUUUUUCCCUCUUUUUUAUCUCUUUCUCUCUCUUUCCCUUUUUCUCUCACUUCCUCUUUUUCUCCCACUUUCUCUCUCUAUUUUUUCUCUCUUUCUCUCUCUUUCUCUUUUUCUCUCUUUCGCUUUUUCUCUCUCUUUCUCUUUUCCACGCUCUUUUUCUCUCCCUAA